AUGUCGUACGAUGACAAUGGGAUUCUCAGCGAUGAUGACGACGAUAUGCUGUUGGAGCUAAGUACACGUCCGCCUAAGCUAACCCAAAACCAAUUGGCGACACAGGUGCCGAACAAAGAGAGUUACCAGACAAGUGGUAAUAUCAGUAACGACGUAGCCAGGGCUCAAGGUGAAGUUAGCAUACUUCGAGAUAAGCUCCGCUUGCUGGAGGAAGAAAGGAAACGAGACAAAGAGCGGCAGCUCAGGGAAGAAGAGAAGCUCAAGGCUUCACAUCGUGAGGAGCUUGCCCGUUUGAAGGUCGAACUGCAGAAUCUUGAAGAUGCCAAGAAAUUCUUGGUUAUGGAAGUACGGAAAACUUCUGCGUCCUAUAAGCCCAAGACAGCGGGCCAAUCGCCUUCUGCAGGUCUUUCAUCCCUGACUGACGACACAACGGCUACAGAGAACAUCCAAGUAAGCAACAAAGACAGUGCGGAUCAUUCAAGUAAGAGACGUAAGAUCGUGGAGGUGGCUGAUGAUAAGAAGCAGGUUAAGGCCAUCAAUAGGCCAUUCAACGACGACUCGGGCGAGCUGUUUGACAUUUUAAUGCUGCAUAGAAUAUGCGGUGUGAAACUGCGGACUAUCCAGAUCUUGAACUGUCUGAGGUUGGUCUCCACUAAAAGAUUUAGCUUAGACGGGCUCGAAAUUAGUCAAGGAGAAUCGAUUGGAGAGCAGCUGACACAAUAUUUGUUACAAUGUAAGAAAGCGAUGACAUUGGAUACUUUCAUAGAAAAUUUGAUUCGCGUGCUAUCUGCGCUUAUUCAGGAGAUUAUGGUCUCCGAUGGUUCUAACUUAGCAAUUCCCUUUCUGCUGGUCAUGGUAUACCAAAUCAUUAUCUUUAGGCCAAGUGCAAUCAGAUUGGCAGUUUUGAAACAUAUUCUUAACUUUAUUUGUGAGCUCAUAAAAGCAUUCCAGAAGUCUUUAAAGCGACCCCUGCAUGAAAGCAACACUACUAAUGAUGUGGAACCGCAAAUUUUUCAGUACGAGAUGAUAGAGCUCUUAGUGACUGUCUAUUCGUAUGAUAUUUUGGAGGCUUCCAUAGGUGUGCUUCAAUCAAAUCCCAGCUCAGUGCACGGUGAGGUAUUAACCGUGCCAUUGCUAAAUUCAAUCGGAUUCGUUUACAAACUUGCACUGCCUAUAUCUUACAAGCCAAUAAUGAGCGUUGUUUUUAAUACGGUGGAGAUCAUCAACAUGUUAGCAGGAAUGGUAGAUUCGUCCAGCGCAAAACCAAUUCAGACAGAUCCGCAAUGGUGGAAGGAUUGUAUAACAAGACUUUACCACAUGCUUGGAAAGAGCAUUGAUACGUCCGAUCCUUUUAACGAGGAAAGCCCAGGUAAUUUUUGCUUCUCAAGGUUUCACGACGUUUACGGAAUGGUCAGAAAUAUCGGCUCCAACUCCAUUGGAAGCCUAAUAUCAAGGUUGAUAUAUGAGGAUAAGUUACAGGAUCUACCGAGGGUAAUCCUGAAAGACGAUAUAGAAGAUAGCACUACCUUUCUCGAUAACCACGACGUGGCAGUAAACAUGGAGAGAUGGUUCUUACUGCUGAAGACUAAUAUAUUGAAUAUUCUGGAGAACAUCAUCAAUUUCUACCCGCAAGAGACAGCGGUGGCCAAUGGCGAGAUGCUGAUUCAAUUGACACGAUUCAUGUCGACGCAACAAGAACUUAUGUUGCAUCGUCUGCUUGGACAGUCGUCACCAAACUUGCUUAUACGUUGUCAGCUGAUAGAAUAUGCAAUGGCUCUCAUAUACCGUUUGUGGAUGGAUCAUCCGCGACAAAUAACCUCACAGCAUGUCAAGGAAGUCGAGAGUGAACUGGUGACUUCGCUCUGGAGAUUUUUGGCGGCAAGCGACAGCAAUUCAGACUCGCGGGAUGCACUGGAGAAUCAAGAGCUCAUAGACGAGUUUGGGACUCUGACACUAGAAAACCGAAGCAAAUACUACGACGAUGCGCUUGAAAACGCACCAGAAUAUGUCGAAGAAGACAUUCGUAAUGAAAUGAACGACCAAACUUCAAAGAUCAUGCAAGUGAAAUACGACCAGGUAUGUCGCCAAAUGGCACAAACCAUACUUGAAACCAAGUUGGAUAGCAUUAUCUCAAUCGAAGGAAUGGAUAGUCUAUAUGUAGCUAUGGGCAAAUGA